AUGUCCUUUUUUGGAUUUGGAGCUCCGACUAGAAAUUGGAAAAUCGGAGAGUUCGGAGAAUACCAGAAAAUAUUCAAUACAUAUUUCCAACAUCCUUAUCUACCGAAGAGAAGAUUUUUCAAUCAAUAUUUUAUUUGGGAUUUGCAAGUUACAAGAACAGAGUUUGAAAACGAUGUGAGUGGUUAUAACAAAUUGUGGUCAAUAACAAAUUAUUGAAGCUAUUUAGGCAAAAUUCUACCGAAUUAUGUUUCAAUCAUAUCCAAAAGAACCCAAUUCGGAAAGUGCUCGAUUUAUUGUUGAUUUUGAGAACCGCGGAGAUCCAAAUAAUCCACUCACGAAAUCAACAACAUUUUUAAGUAUUGAAACACCAACUUCACAGUAUAGUGUUCAGGAACAUUAUGAUGUUUUGGAUUAUUCUUCAAUGUGUGAAAAAUGGUUGACUGAUGCUCUGUUUUACAAGAACUAUGAAAUUUAUAGUUUGUCUUUGAUUUCGGUAAGAAGUUUUGUUGCCUGCGAAGAACAAUAACUGAGAUCUUUACAGCCUCCAAAAUUUGAUAUUCCUACUCGAGCAACUUUUCACAUAAAUAGAUUGGAAAUUGAAACAGAUGAAGAUGAAAAAGACAUGUUGUAUGCAUAUUAUUGGUUGAAUUUUUUUCAAAGUCGGUCAGGUAGUAUAGGACCAAAGAUAGUGAAAAUUAGAUCAUUAUUUAUUGAAAUGAAGAUUGCUGGAAAUCAGAUGGUAAGUUGAUUAUUGCAUUCAUUCAACAAUUAAAAUUUAAUUUCAGUUAAAAGAAAUAGAAAAAAUCGAGAUUCAUGGAAAGUUUGAUAUCACCGCAGAUUGGGUUAGGAAUUAUAGUGGAUAUUGCUUUAUUUGGAGAAAAAUGGAAGAAGAAAACAAAUUUACAACCACUGAACUGAAAACAUUAUAUGAGAAGGUCAGAUUGACGGAAAACCGCGUUGGAAUAUUUUUAGAUCAAGGGAAUGUAAUACAAAAUGAUCGAAUGCAUACAUGGCUUAAUAAAAAUUAUGGAGCAAACAUGUCCUUUGAUAUUGGUUAUAAGUGUCACGGAGCUGGAAAUGAUUUAGUCACAUUUUACUCAAGAACAAAUAGAACUGUGAUUGAGAAAUCAUUGGAGUCGACUAAUGUUGGAGUUAUGAAGGUCGAAGACUUUCUGAAAGAAUGA